AUGGGGCUAAAAAAUCCUUAUAUUGUGUCACAAGUCAAGCCAUCCUCAGCUGAGAAGCGCUCUUCCUCGCUCAUCCGUCACUGGUACCAAAAAAUGGCUAAGCUGGAGCCUUGUAAUUUGUUCAAGCCCCACCCCAAUCACUCUCUAGAGGAUGAAUGUACCAUCUUGAAGCCGAAUGUUCUUCACAAUGCCGUCACGCAUGUCAGGCACGAUGAAUGGCUUCAAUUGUCCGUCAAAUUAGUUUUGCAGGUUAAACAGCGGCACCAAAUAUUUAGAGACACGGAAGGAUUGCUGCCCAAGGGAUACCGCCACAUACAGAGAAAAGAAGGGGGAAACGUCCCAAUACCUUCAAAUACCGGACACAAGAGGAGAGGCAUGGGCGACAUUUAUGCCUCCCGUAUUUCGCUCUGCGUCCAAGAGAGGGUAUCCCAAGAGCAACGCAUGAACAAAUCCCCCAAAGAGGUCCAAAAAAAAAAAGGAAUUGAAGCAAGUGAAUGCCCUGACGACGCUCAAAGAUGGCGUCACACAAAGGAUGUAGGAGACAAAAUUGGAAGGACCCCAGUGUACCCCCCAAAUAGCUAA